UUACAUCAUCAAACACAGACAAAAAACCAGAGAGAGAGAGAGAGAGAAAUGGAGCUUCAACAUUUUAGCCAUAAACAUCCAUUGAUCCUCGGUGAAGUGAACGACGAUGGUGAGGCAAUUGUCUGCAACGUGUGUUGGGAAAAGAUCUCUGGUUCUGCAUUCAGUUGCAAAAAUUGUUUAUUUUUUUUGCACAAAUUUUGUGCUGAAUUUCCAGAGGUGAUGAAACACCCGAUCCACGCCCAUUCCCUUACGCUCCGACAACCAAGGUUUACUACACGGUGUGAUGUUUGUAACAAAAAAAUAUGUGGAUUCACCUAUCAUUGUUCACCUUGCGAUUUUGACGUGGAUAUCAGAUGUAGUGUUAGAGGCCAACAUUUUAGCAGUAAACAUCAGUUGAUGAUCCUCAAUGAAGACGAGAAGAAUGAUGUUGAUGAGAGGGUUUCUUGCGAUGUGUGUUUGCAGCAGAUCACAGGUCCAGCAGCAUACAAAUGCACAAAUUGCUCUGUCUCUAUCUAUUUGCACAAAUUGUGUGCAGAACAACCCGCAGAGAUGGAACACCCAAUGCACCCUGAGCACCCGCUUGCCCUCCUCCAAGUAGUGCCUAAUAAAUUCAGAUGUGAUGGCUGUGAUAUAUGUUUGAAAGAAUUCAUUUAUCGGUGUUCCAUCUGCAAUUUCAACCUCGACAUAUGUUGUGCUUUGAAAGCACAGAAGCUUAAACAUGAAAGUCACAAACACCCAUUAAGCCUCAUGUUCAGCUCGGCCUCCUUCGAAUGUCAUGCUUGUGGUACAGAACGUAAAGGCAUGUCUUAUAUGUGUAACACAUGCAGCUUCUGGAUCCAUGAGGACUGUGCUUCAUUAACACCCACCUUCAAACACCAUGAUCACAUCCACCCUCUCACCCUCAUCUAUAGUAUUCAUGAAUAUCAUUCCAAUUUUAGUCCGUACAGGUGCAAUAUCUGUGAAAAUUCACUGGCGAGAGGAAGGUUUUGGUCAUAUAUUUGUAUAGGAUGCAAGUUUUGCAUUCAUGUCAAUUGCUUAACACAGACAAAGGAAAGAGAAAGUGCAAUCAAGGUUGAGAAUAUUGACGAGGCCAAUUUGAUUCACUUGCCAAUGGCUGAUGACUCAAUUGGUGCAAUUGACCUAUUUUUGAAGCAAAUUAGCAUGGAAGACAACAAGAGAGAAGCAGAGCUCAACCAUUUUAGUCAUCAUCAUCCAUUAAUCCUUUUCGAUGCGCAAGGAGACAACAAUUUGUGCUAUGAGAAUGAACUACUUAUCUUGAAUGAGCUGAAUAAGGACAAAAUAUGCAAUGCGUGUGUGCGAAAAAUUUCAGCUCCAUUUUACAGUUGUGGUCUAUGUGAUUUCUUUCUCCACAGAUGGUGUGCCAAGCUACCAAAUGAACUGGAGCAUCCAUGUCACCCACACCCGCUCAUCCUCCUCAAAAAGCCCCCUGAACCUAGAGGAUUCUUCUAUUGUGAAGGUUGCAGAAAUUUUUGCAACGGAUUUGCCUUCAGAUGUAAGAAGGGUAAAUGUAUGGAUAAUUACAAUUACUACCUCGAUGUUAAGUGUGCUUCCCUACCCAAAGCCGUCAUUCAUAAAGUUCAUGAGCAUCCCCUCUUCCUAAAGAAAGAUUGUAUCACCGCAGGUUGUGCUGCAUGUGAUCGUUGUAUUGAGAUGUUCUCAUUUGGAUGUGACAUUUGCAAUUUCAACUUACACUACACAUGUGCUGUGUUACCAGAUACAAUUAAGCAUAGGUAUGAUGAACAUCAUCCCUUCACCCUAAUUUAUGCACCCAUUAAGGAUGGACCCGACGAGUAUAUCUGUGAAUUUUGCGAGGAAGAAAUAGACCCAAAGUGGUGGUUCUAUCAUUGCAUCGAUUGCGAUCAAUCUGCUUGUGCCAAAUGCAUUUGUGCGGAGAGAAAGAAAGUUCUAAAUAUCAAGUGGGGAAGCACCUAUAAACUUUGACAGUCGCUCACACAGUCUCAUCUUUUUUCGAAUCACAGACAAGAUCUUUAACUGUGCCUACUGUCACCAAAAAGUUCGGAGCGAAAUAGGCUUCAAAUGUGAGCAAUGCAACAUUAUGCUCCAUUCAGAUUGUACUCAUCCAUAAUAUCUUAAGCGGUUUUGUUUAGAUAUGUUGAUGAGAAAAUGAAAAGGAAAAGAAAAUAUAAUUUUAUCUUUUGUUUGAUUAUAUAAUGGAAAGUAUAAGAGAAAAGAAAGUGAAAGUGAAAUAUAAUCUCACUUUUUGUA